UUCAGAUUCCGCAAUACCACAGAGUAGCAAACGCUGCUUUUAAUGGGUUUGCAUUCUCAGAACUUUAAAACAUUUAUGUAUCGACACUUCUAGCAAAAUUCGUGGCGUGCUGCCGAUUUCGGGCGGACUCGGACACUUCUUUCGGAUUUCUUUUGCUCAUGGAGGCCUGGAAUGAACUUGAACUGGACCAGCAUCACUUGCUUUAUUUAACAGCAUAUCUUUGAAGGGACUGUCAUCUUCAACGUUCAUAUUUCAGAGGGUGCCAAAAAGCCGGAAGCCUGUUCCUGAUAUUGCUGAGUGCAAGACAGGAACCAGCACUGGAUGGGAUAGUGUUCCAUUGCAAAUUGUAUGAACAAUCCAGAAUCUUCUCUAAAACUGUAGCAAGAAGAUGGCUCUAUGCAGGCGCAUCCCUGAUAUUCCAGCAGAAGAUCUGGAGAUAGAAAAAAAAAUUGGCUCUGGGGGCUUUGGCAUGGUUUAUAAAGCCCGUCAUAAAAACUGGGAUUUUACCGUUGCAUUGAAGAUACUAUAUAACAAUGGGACUGACUCCUUGGAGCAUGAAGCCAGCAUGAUGCUCAAAGGAAGCUGCCAGUAUGUUUUAAGCCUGAUUGGGAUGUACAAGAACCCAGAACGUAGUGAGCAUGGUUUGGUUAUGCCUUUCAUGGAAAACGGUUCUCUGGAGAACUUGCUUACUCGUCAAAGCCAACUUCCCUGGCCCCUCAAAUUCCAAAUUAUCCAUCAAGUAGCACUGGGUAUGAACUUCCUACAUACCCAGCUUCCCAAGCCAAUUCUGCAUCUGGACCUGAAGCCCAGCAAUGUGCUCCUGAACGACAGCUUUACUGUGCAGCUGACUGAUUUUGGAUUGUCGGAAGUGGCACAUAGCUCUUCCUCAUUUCGGAGUGAACAUGAAGGGGGCACAUUGAGUUACAUGCCUCCAGAGGCUUUGGUCAGCGAAAAGUACAGACCGAUGAAAUCAUUUGAUGUCUAUAGUUUUGCAAUUCUUAUGUCUUUUGUCAUUACUGGGAGCACACCAUACAAAAAUGCACUUUCAACGAUAGUGAAGUUUCGGUAUUCCGAGAGGGGAUCGCCCAGAUAUUUCUGGGGUAAAAUCCAUCUGAUGCAGAAGGAUUGAAAGAUAUGUUGGAGCUUAUGGAGAAUUGUUGGCAUAAAGAUUCAAAAAAGAGGCCUGAGUUUAAAGGUU